AAAACCGUCUGAUGGUUUGUAUGGCCAAACCCCAUGAUCUUUAAUGAUGCCUAGAUUUUCAUUUGUUUGUAGCCAGCUCUACAAGACGCUUCAUUUUUUCAUCCUAGUAAUUAACAUUUCAAAGUGCAGCUCAGGUAAUGCAGACACUGUGACUAAGAAUCAUCUGAAGAUCGUUCAAGUUGGAGACAGUGUUAACUUAGCAUGCAAUUUUCCGAAAGAUCAAAGAACCAGCACUGUUUGGGUCAAACAAAGAGUUGGAGAGAAACCCCUUCCAAUCGCUUCAUCAUAUCAAGGUUUACCUGAGACAUUUGAAAAUGAAUUUGACCAACAUAAUCGCUAUUUUAUUGUAAAAGAUGAAAUCAGUUUUAAUUUGAGCAUCACAGACAUAGAAGAAUCAGACACUGCAACAUACUAUUGCAUUCAACUUUUUUUUACGUUUACAAUCGGGGACGGAACUGACCUUAUUGUAAAAGGCAGACACCUGAACAUGCAGUCUGAUCAUGAGAGAGCUGUGCUAGAUCCAGUGCAUCCAGAAGACUCUGCAGUGGCUCUUCAGUGCACUGUCCUCACUCAGAGCUGUGCAGGAGAACACAACGUCUACUGGUUUAGACGUGAAUCUGCAGAAUCUCCUCCAGGAAUGAUAUUCACUCAGGAGCGCAGGAACGCUCAAUGUGAGAGGAGCUCUGAUGUGAACUCUACUGCACACAAAUGUAUCUACAGCCUGCCCAAGAGAAACCUCAAUCACUCUGAUGCUGGGAUUUACUACUGCGCUGUGGCUGCAUGUGGACAGAUACUGUUUGGAGAUGCAAGAAAACCUGACAUGCCAGGUUUUCCGACACCUUGGAUAACUGCCCUGGUUUUAGGAACUUUAAACUGUUUAUCAUUGAUUGUGAUCAUCUUUCUGGGUACACAGUUGUACAAGCAGCGAAAAAAAGAUGGGGCUCUUCAAACUGGUCACUUAAUGGAUGAAGACAGAGAUGCUUUGAAUUAUGCUGCUUUGAGCUUUCAACAAAAGUCCAGCACCCCUAGAAGACCCAGAGAAAAAUAUACAAGAUAAUUCAAUGUAUGCACAUGAAAAACUUAUACAUUUUACUAAAAAAAAAUGUAUCUUAUAUUAACAUUUUAAGAGUUUUUUAAUUGAUAAAAUCUAAAUUUAUUUUAAUAUUUUAACUGCACUCAACUGAUUGAUUUGCACUGUAAAAAAAUACUGUAACGUGAAUUACUGUUCCGGUUUUCUACUUCAAAAAUUUCAAUUUAAUUCAGUGUGUUACUUGAUGUUAAUUGUGAAAUUUACUAGCAAUUUCUGAAUGAAAAUUGUAUCUAGUCAAAAAAAAAAAUGUUAGUGUAAGUUUAUUUAUUGUUUCAAAUAAACUGAACUGA